UUUUUUUUUCUUUUUUCUUUUUAAUCUUCCUUAAAGGCAGUGAGUUCUGUGAUCUGGCUGUCUGUACUGAGUUGCGCCAAGCAAAGCACUUGUUUUCAAAAUGUCAACUAUCAAGGAGAAGCUUAUUGAGAGUCUAAUUGAGGAAGAUGAAGCCUCCCAGAGUAAGAUCACCAUUGUUGGAACUGGUGCUGUAGGCAUGGCUUGUGCUAUUUGUAUCUUAUUGAAGGAUUUGGCCGAUGAACUCGCCCUUGUUGAUGUCACAGUGGACAAAUUGAAGGGAGAAAUGAUGGAUCUUCAGCAUGGCAGUCUUUUCUUUAAUACUUCAAAGAUUACCUCUGGAAAAGAUUACAUAGUAUCUGCAAACUCCAAAUUAGUUAUUGUGACAGCAGGUGCACGGCAACAGGAGGGAGAAAGUCGCCUUGCCCUGGUGCAACGGAAUGUGAACAUCAUGAAAUCAAUCAUUCCUACCAUAGUCAAGCAUAGUCCUGACUGUAAGAUGCUUAUUGUUUCAAAUCCAGUGGAUAUUUUGACAUAUGUGGUCUGGAAGCUAAGUGGCUUACCUGCAACUCGUAUAAUUGGAAGUGGUUGUAAUCUAGACUCUGCCCGUUUCCGUUACCUAAUUGGAGAGAAGUUGGGCGUCCAUCCCACAAGCUGCCAUGGUUGGAUUAUUGGAGAGCAUGGUGAUUCUAGUGUGCCUUUAUGGAGUGGGGUGAAUGUUGCUGGUGUUGCUCUGAAGACUCUAGACCCUAAAUUAGGAACUGAUUCAGACAAAGAGCAGUGGAAAAAUAUCCAUAAACAAGUUGUUGAAAGUGCCUAUGAGAUUAUCAAGCUUAAAGGAUAUACCUCUUGGGCUAUUGGACUGUCUGUGACAGAUCUGGCAGGAUCAAUUUUGAAAAAUCUUAGGAGAGUGCAUCCAGUUUCGACUAUGGUUAAGGGCUUAUACGGAAUAAAUGAAGAAAUCUUUCUCAGUAUCCCUUGUAUCUUGGGGAGAAAUGGUGUCUCAGAUGUUGUGAAAGUUAACUUGAAUUCGGAGGAGGCGGCCCUUUUUAAGAAGAGUGCAGACACACUCUGGAAUAUCCAAAAAGACCUGGUAUUUUAAAGCCUCUUAAUGCUUCACCGUUCAAUAGAACAGAAGAUAUCAGACUUAUACAUUUUGAAAGUAUUUUAUUUUUUGGGUUUUUUUUUGGAAAGUAUUUUAAUCUGAUCUGUUAAAAAACAAAACA